AUGUUCUAUGCAAAGGUAAAUGUGAGGUAUUUAAUAUUUUCAAUAUUUUUUUUGUACUUUAUUUAUCAAGUAUGUUUUCCUGAAUGUUCAGAAAAAAACAAUAAGGCCAAGACAUUUUUAUUUUUAAUAGCUACAAAAGUAAUAAAAAAAAAUGAUGGCAAAUUAGGAAGAAAACAUAUUAUAAAAUUAUUUUUGGAAAAACACAAUUUUACACACAUUGGAAAAACAGGAAAUAAUAAAAAAAAAAUAUAUAAUAAGUUUUUGUUGAAGAGUCGAAAAUGUAGUGGAUAUAGAAAUACAAGAGAUGGAAAAGAAGAAACUGUCCGAAAAAUGAAAAGAAUUUUAAAGGUAACAAAAUUAUUAAUCCAAUUAAAUAGCUUUAAAUUAACACCAAAUUUAAGAAUGGAACUGUUAAUAAAUAUGCCAAGACCACAUAUACGUAUGCAUAUGGUAAAAAACACUUUAAUGAAAUUGUCUGUAAAAAACACCUCGUUUGAAGCAAUAACACCAUAUUUGACAGGAAGUAAUGCUUAUUUUUUUAUAAUGAAUGAAGAUUAUAUAUCUUUUUCUCUUUAUUGCAACAAAAUGUUUUCCUCAAUAUAUAAAGAAUAUAAAACAAAUAAUUUUAUAAAAAUGGGAGUAUAUGAAAAUACAAUUUUAAAUAAAAAAGAAACAGAAGAUUUGAUAAACUUAAAAUCUUAUAAUGUCUAUUUUAGUCAUCUUGUAAAUAAAAUUAAUCAAAUAAUUACAACUAUACCUACAUCAAUUAUGCACAUUCCAUCAUCCAUAGCUCGUGGAAUUUAUUUGCAUAAUAAAAAAAAAGAAAAUAUGUGA